GGAACUGAACACCAGUUGAUAGUCUGCAAUCGCCUGUGGUCUCGGUCUACAACUUCAAUGUGGCAAGCUACAUAAUAAUUAACCCUUGAGGAAGGGAAAAUAUAAUCUGACUUCCCUAUGAAACCCAAUCGCGUCCACAUACACUCCGUUCAGCCAAUAUCUCGCUCUCCUGGAGCACCGGACGGCGGUAGAAGUCUGUAUAAUCUUGGCAUAUACCACUAACAUACUCGAGGCACGACGACACUUAUUUACAGAAUCAAUAUCGAUCCACCGGCCAUUCAAACUGAUGGCGGAUUCUAAUACCACGAGAGAAGUUGAGAACAGGGCUCCUCAGAAUGGGCCCGCAGGUCAGGACGGAAUCGCUCGCAUAGUCGAGCGUAACGGUGAGAGGCUGGAGCUCCACGACUGGUAUGGCCCAGAUGAUCCGGAUAAUCCGUUCAACUUCAAGAAAAGCUAUAAAUGGAUCCUCACGAUAACCGUGUGCUUCGUCUCGAUUCUCACCGGCUUGCCCGCCGGGUCCUACGGCGCCGGUAACGACUACAUGGAAUCGAAAUUCCACAUCCAAAACCAACCCUUCCCCAACCUCUACUGGGCAACCUGCACCUGGAACAUCGGCGCGUCGGUUCUCCCCCUCCUCUUCGUCCCGCUGACCGAGCACUCCGGCCGCAUGCCGGGCUACUUCAUCGCGUAUUUCGUAUUCGAGGUCUUCCUGUUCGGCAGCGCGUUCGCAAACAACUUCGCGACGUUGGUAGUGACGAGGUUCUUCGGCGGCGGGGGCUCGUCGGUGGCGAUCUUGCUGGUGAGCGGGUCGAUUGCCGAUGUGUGGCAAACGGACGGGGAGCGGAGCCUACCGAUGUCGUUGUUUGGGUUUACGAGCGUAAUUGGGAUUGCGCUGGGGCCGUUUAUCGGGUCGGCGAUUGUGCAGAUCAAGCGGAACGAUCCGUGGCGAUGGAUCUUCUACGUGCAAAUCAUCUACAACGCGGGGUUUAUCCCAAUCUUUUGGUUUAUCCUACGGGAGACGCGGGGGGACGCCGUCUUGACGCGUCGGGCCAAGAAGCUUCGAAAGGAGAAUCCGGGCCGGCGAAUCUACGCUCAAGCCGAACUGGACCGCACUGGUGUCUGGGAAUUGAUCAAGAUCUCCUUCAAACGCCCGGUUCGGAUGUUAUUCACCGAGCCCGUCGUCCUAUUCUUCUCCCUCUGGCUCGCCUUCGCCUGGGGCAUCCUCUACCUCUACUUCAGCAGCAUCGUCCAAACAUUCUCCACCAGCUACGGCUUCGGCAUCAUGUCCACCGGCCUCAUCCAACUCGCCAUCUCCGUCGGCGGCCUCAUCGGCCUCCUCUUCAACCCCAUCCAAGACUGGAUCUACCUCCACUCCGGCCGCUGGAACAAGGCCAACCCGGGCGUCCCCAAACCCGAAGCCCGCCUCUACACCUCCAUCAUCGGUUCGUCCCUCUUCACCGGCGGCCUUUUUUGGUACGGCUGGACCUGCCGCCGCGAGGUCCACUGGAUGGUCCCCACCGCCGCCAUCGCAUGCACCGGCGUCGGCAUCUUCAGCAUCUUCCUGACCGUCACGAACUACCUCACUGACUCGUACGAGCGGUACGCCGCAUCCGCCAUAUCGGCCGCGGGGCUCGCGCGGAAUGGGUUCGCCGCCUUCCUACCGUUCGCGAGCUUUCGGUUGUUCGACACGCUGGGGUUCGGCUGGGCGGGGAGCUUGUUGGGGUUCGUGGGGCUAGCGUUGACGUUCGUGCCGGUGGUGUUGGUGUGGAAGGGGCCGCAGAUUCGGGCGAGGAGUCCGUUUAUGGCGGAGAGUACGUGGGGGAGGGAUAAGGAGGCGAGGGCUGGUUUGGGUCAUGGGGAAAUGGAGGGUGGGAGUAGUGCUAGAGUUCCCAGUCAAGGAUGAGUUAUAAGAAUAUAGUCACAGAAACAGGAGUGUGAGGAUAUACGGAUUGAAGAAUUGAAGAAUUGAAGAAUUGAUAGUUCUGAAGCCCCAGGGUGUUGAGAGCUCUAUUAAUUUCUUGUUCCCUUAUAUUCCCUUCCUCGGGCACAUCUUCCCCUCUUUCAACUAAGGAAAUCAACUAUACACAUACGACUCACUAAUCAAAAUCCAUCCCGCUUCACGAGAUUCAUACAAAAAAGGCUAAAAAUGCUCACGCCUCGCAAGUGCGGGAACGUUACAAAAACCGCCCGGUAGUGUAAUAGCGGUUUUUGCCCUACAGACCAUCGUUAUCAGAAGCGGCCGAAGCAUGAUUCAAGUACUGUAACUUCGACUGGAGUCGAACCCGGGGCUUCCAACCGAUGACUGACCACUAUUACCAAGGAGACGGGCUCCCUCCAUUCACAGCCAUGGUGCCCGGAUACUG